AUGUUCAAAAUGAUACCAAUCGACGCGACGUGGUCGAAUGUAUGCUUAUCUGUGUAGAUAAGUGUUUCGUAUUUACAUAUACACAUUUAUAAAUUUAUUUUACUUAAUGUUGUUAUUUGUCCAUAAAAAUACUCUUUUGUUAGCCGUAAAAGACCAUUUGGUGGAUAUUAAUUACUUAUAAUUUUUUAACCAAAAUUAUUACAUUUAUUCAAAUAUCUUUUUUAUCUUUAUUAUUAACAAGAUAUUUUUACAACAAAUAAUGUUGAAAGCUGUUAUAUUAAUUGGUGGCCCUUUAAAAGGGACCAGAUUUCGUCCUCUCUCAUUAGAUAUACCUAAACCAUUGUUUCCAGUUGCCGGUUUACCUAUGAUUCAACACCAUAUUGAAGCAUGUUCUAAAGUACCUAAUUUAGAAGAAAUUUUAAUAAUUGGUUCAUAUUCUGCCAAUGAAUUAUCACAGUUUAUUACGGAUAUGAAAAGCACCUAUGGUGUAAUUAUUAGGUAUUUGCAAGAAUUUACACCAUUAGGUACAGCUGGUGGAAUGUAUCAUUUUCGAGAUCAAAUUCGUUCUGGUAGUCCAACAUAUUUUUUUGUAAUGAAUGGAGAUGUAUGUGCUGAUUUUCCUUUAUCAGAACUUGUAGAAUUUCAUAGUGAAAAAAAAGCAUUACUUACUAUUAUGGCUACGGAAGCCACUAGACAACAAUCGUUAAAUUACGGAUGUAUGGUUUUGAAUAAGGAAGGAGAAGUGGCACAUUAUGUUGAAAAACCAUCAACAUUUGUAUCUACUCUCAUUAAUUGUGGAAUAUAUAUAACAUCUCCUGACAUAUUUCAAUCAAUGGCGGAUGUUUUUUAUGCUAGUCAACAGCAAGAAAAUUCUUUACAAAUAAAUGGAAAUGGUAGAGACCCUGCUAAUAUUGCAUUGGAACAAGAUAUAUUAACACGAUUAGCAGGAAGUGGAUGUUUAUUUGCUUUGCCUGUUUUAAGGUGGUGGUCACAGGUAAAAACGGCAGGAUCUGCAAUUUAUGCGAAUCGACAUUAUUUAGCUUUAUAUAAAACAAAACGUCCAAAUUAUCUUACUUCUCCAAAUGGAAGUACAUGUAAUAUUAUUGGAGAUGUAUACAUUCAUCCAACAGCUUCUGUUCAUCCAUCUGCUAUGUUAGGACCAAAUGUUAGUAUAGAGAUGAAUACGAUUAUUGAAGCUGGUGUAAGAAUUAAAGAAUCAAUUGUAUUGGCCAAUGCGCAUAUUCAAGCACAUACUAUUAUUUUGAAUAGUAUAAUAGGAAAAGGUAGUCGUGUAGGAGAAUGGGCACGAGUGGAAGGUACUCUAUGUGAUCCAAAUCCUGACAGGCCAUUUGCAAAGAUGGAAAAUUUAUCUCUUUUCAAUAUUAAUGGCAAAUUAAAUCCUUCAAUUACGAUACUCGGCACAAGUGUUACUUUGGCAUCCGAAAAAAUUCUCUUGAAUUCUAUUGUAUUGCCGCACAAAGUAUUGACAAGGAAUUUUAAAAAUGAAAUAAUUUUAUAAAUCUUUCUUUUUUUGUAUAUCAUUGGAAAUAAUUAAAAUGAUAAUAAAUGUGUGUAAUAACAUUCACGCA